GACGCACCUGAACAGCUGAUUGGCUCGCUCACCUGAGUGGUCGCAGACCUCGUGGGUCGGUGUCAGAUAAGAAACACGCGGAGCGUCGGUUGUCUCCGUGUGUCCGUGUCCCAGUGUCUCAGUCUUCUCUCGGGACAGCGAUGGUCAACACGUCUCCAGACGUCCAGCCUCUUUGUUGAAUAACGCGACUCACGGAAACUCGAAAAUGUUUCGACGGCAGGUGGCGCUGCGAGUUUACUGGAGGAGGCUGAAGGCGUUUGUCAAGAAGCUGUCUCUCCAGCGGCAGAUGAUGGAAAACCUCAUCAUAGCCAAGGCCCGACAGGAUGCUCUGCAGAGGAAGAUGGAGGAGAGGAGACUACGGCUACAGGAAGAAGCUAACAGGAGAUUUGCAGCGUCUGGGGCAAUGACAGCGGAGGAGCAAGAGCAGCGUUCUCUCUACACCAAUGUUCUGGAAUAUGAGCAGGACCAUGAUUGGCCCAAACUGUGGAAAGCCAACAUGAAGGGGAAUCCUGAUGAUGUCACAUUAGUGUCACGUUUAGUCUCUUACCUGCUCAGCCGCUCCGACCAUCCUGUGGUGAAGCUGCUGAGGAAGCAUCAGUACCGUGUUUACAACAGGCUCUACCCCAUAGUCAGCAAAGGCUGCGUCCAGAGUCCUGCGCUGCUGCUCAGACCUUCUCACAGCCCUCAGCAUCCAGAAACCCAGAGGAGGACAGUCAGCACUGCGAGCGGUAGCGUGGGCAACCAGAGCUUCAGCACCGGCUUGUCGUCCUCGCUGUCUCGUGACUUCCACGCUGACUCUGACGAGGAAGGGGAGGAGCCUCACCCACAGGCGACGGUGGACCGGGAGAACUCGUUUGAAGAUCUCGAGCAGUUCCUGACUCAGCUGGACUGGGCUCCGCCCAACGACAGCGCGGUCGACGCCGGCUCCGAUUCAGAGCUGACGUGUGACACCUCGACUCUGAGCGAGGGCCACGUUCAGGAGCAGGAGAUGAGAGCGAUGAAGGAGCAUCUGAAGGCCACUGUUAAAGACAUUCAUAUCGCUAUAGAUCAGCUCUUGUCGCUGUGUCUGCUGUCGUUUGAGUGUCUGAACACCGCCAGCUCUAAAGACCUGUGCCUCGCCAGUAUAGAGGAAGCCUUCUUCACUCCCCUGUGGAGCGCCCUGGUGACUCUAUUCAGAAAGGUCAACAUGGAGAGAGAGCAGGCCUUUGAGACGAGUAUGAAACUGUACCAGGAUGCAUCACCUGGAGACAUCGGCGUUCCCAUAAAAUUAUUCCCCCAAGAACCUGAUACACUGCAAGGUUCCUACCCAUACGAGUCUGCUGUCCAGGAGCUCAAGCUUCUGAUUAACGACUGCUGCCCACAGAAGAAGCUGGAAUGUAUCGUUCGAACACUUCGUGUGAUCUGUGCCUGUGCUGAGGAUUACAGGUGUUUUCAUGAGGGGGACUCUUCACCCAGAACUGCAGCCAUUGGUGCAGAUGACCUGUUGCCCAUCCUGUCCUACGUGGCCCUGCGGAGCCAGUGUCCUCAGCUUGUGUCUGAAUGUGCGGCUCUGGAGGAGUUCAUUCACGAAGGCUACUUGAUUGGAGAGGAGGGAUACUGUCUGACCUCCCUGCUGAGCGCCUUGGCCUAUGUUGAGUCGCUGCACGCAGGAGCAGCUCAGCUUCCUGCGGACAAGCUCGUAUGAAACAGGAAACUCUUCAUCCCUGCUGAACACGCAGCUUCCUGCCAGUUGUGCAGAGUCAUGUGAUCUUAUAAGUGCGGCGCUCGCUUUACAACGCAGGACGAACCCGCUGCCCGAGUCGUUUCUAACCAAUCAGAGCCUGCGAGUUAUCGUCAGACAUCGUUUUCCGAGAGGAGCGAACGAACUCUGAACGCCGGCUCGUUGGAGGGAUUUGAUCGUGGUUGAGAUUGGACUCGUGAUGCCGCUGAUGUGUGAAUGCUUCUCAAGACAAAAGCUCAGAUACGGUUUCACGUGAUUUACAAAUAUGUUUCGUUUUUUUCUCUUUCAUUCAGGAAAAGAGUCAAAUCUGUGGGAGCUGAGGCUGAAGUUGUUCAAAAUGUGAAUCAGACAAACGCUUGUGCUUCAGUUUGCAUGAGACUAAAUAACAGCAGAUGGGAAACUAACUUCACGCUGAGGAACUGGAGUCAGGCUUGUUUCAGUCCGGUGCCAAAUUUAAAUGAAUGCACUUUGGGUGAGGAGGCGUUCAGGGGUCACUGGAUGUUUGAGUUGUUUGAGGUCAGGCAGUGGAUGAGUUGUGUCACAGAUGAGCACAGGGGGAAAAGUGUGAGCUGGUAUUUAUUGAAGGUUACGAAACUGUUGCACUUUGGGAGUUUUGCCCGUGAGACAUGUUACAAGCCUCAGUCACGGUUCACAGGUUAACGAGACCUUUGAAUCAUAAGUUUUCAUUUUUAUUUUUUAACAAAGCAAAACUAAAAGUUAACCACCUUUAGUUUCACAGCUUGUUUUAUACUUUUUACCCAUUUCUCAAUGAAAAACCAACCAAGGAGAAUAUUAGAUCUACGACAGUAAAGGGAUUGAGUCAUGUUGAUGAGUUAAUAUUUUAAAAAAAGUUUCUAACUGUUUGGUUCUCAAAUACAUGCAGACCCUAAAUACCUUCUUCUUUUUUUUUUUGCUUGAACGUAAAACUGUGUCUUUAGACGAAUGAGAUUAAAAUCACAAGUUUACCAACUUAAUGUCGAGCAGGUUGAUCGUGGUUAAAAGUCACUUUCUGUGGAAUUAAUGGAAUAAAUGGAAACCAGUUGCUGCAGGAAGGAGAUUCCUUUUAUAAUAAGCUAUUAAACAUCAGCCUGUGAGCAGCUAUUAUAUUAUUAACUAUCUUAUGAGUCCACAUCUUGAGCAGACUUGUCUCUGCUCGUCUUUUCGCUUCACUACAGAUGAACUACAGUUUUCUCUUUUUAUUUUGUUUGGUUUGUUUUUCUUUAAUUUCCUUUCUUUUUAAAUGAAUUAAAUUUAGUCCAGAUGCAAAAGAAGUGAAACUAUGUCUGAACUGUUGUUACGUUAAUACCAAAAACAGAUAUCUAUGUGAUAAACGUGAAUGUAAUUAUAAUGUAAAUGGAAGAACGCUGUGACAUUUUGCAAAGUGGAUGAAACCACUCGUGUAAAUGAAUUGUACAUUUUGUUAUAAUGUGAAUAUUAUUUCAUUAUUAAACUAAUUUACUGUGAGCGCC